AUGAAAAUGAUUGCAAAAUUUAAUAGACGCUGGGCUUGGGGGUUGUUAUUGCUGUCUGCUGUAGUACUAUUAUGGGUUUUAUCUUCAUUUUUAGUAAGCAUCAUUUUUGAAGAUGCAUCUUAUAGAAAACCAUUUGCGAUUACAUACAUCAAUACAGCUGCAUUUGUUCUUUAUCUUAUACCUACUGUUAAACGAAUGUAUACUACGUAUAAACUAACAGGAACUAUAAAUAUACAUUCUGAAUUAGUGGCUGAAGAAGAAAGUCCACCAAUUUCCAGAAGAAAUUCAUCUAUGACAACAAGACGAAAUUCAUUAUAUUUACCAUCUUCUACUGAUCAAUUAUUAGAUGACCAGCAUAAUCGAUAUGAUAGCAAUAAAAGCAUACACGAAACCUCGAAUUUGAGUAUACUAGACGAAGACCUGGAAUUAAGCAGUGAUAAUACUCCAUUUGAUGCUAUCAGAAGAUUAUCUCUACGAGAAACUAUUAAUUUAAGUGCCCAGUUUUGCGUAAUAUGGUUUGUGGCUAAUUUUGCUACCAAUGCUUCUUUAGCUUAUACAUCGGUGGCCUCACAAACCAUUUUAUCUUCCACAUCAUCUUUUUUCACAUUAUUUGUUGGUGGAUUAUUCCAUGUUGAAUGUGUUACAAAAAUUAAAGUGUUUGGCUCAGUUGUAUCAUUUGUAGGUAUUUUACUAGUAACUAAAACUGAUUAUGUCUCGAUGGUAAACUCGGAAUCUGUAAAAGCACUUUUUAAUUUAUCAGAAACUCACACUGAUGUCUACCCUAAUAUUGGAAACGCUCCGUACUCUAAUGCGGAUGGUAAUCAUGUAUUAUGGGGAAACGCCUUAGCUUUACUGGGAGCUUUGUUAUACAGCAUAUACAGCAUUUUGCUAAAAAUUAAAGUCCGUGAAGAAUCUAGAGUUAAUAUGGAAUUAUUCUUUGGGUUUGUAGGCUUGUUCACACUCAUAUUUCUAUGGCCUUCUAUGGUUGUACUACAUUAUAUGGGGUGGGAAACAUUUGAGAUACCCACCUCUCCACGAGUAAUAAUAAUAAUUGUUGCAAAUUGUAUUUUAACAUUUGUCAGUGAUUACUGCUGGGCUAAUGCAAUGCUAUUGACAAGCCCCCUAACAGUGACUGUUGGUCUGACAUUAACGAUUCCGUUAGCAAUGUUUGGAGACGUCAUAUUUAUUCAUAAAUCAAUUAGUCCAAUGUAUGCUCUCGGGGCAGUUCUUAUUGUUGGCUCAUUUUUUAUAAUAAAUAAAUCCUCAGAGGAAGAUAAUUUUGAGCAAGCAUUAGAAGAAUCCCAAGAAGACAACGCAUUUUAG